UAAUUCUUCCUCUGCAUCUCUUUGGCUCCUUUUCCUCCCAUCGUCCUGCCUUCAUCCUCCAGCCCGCCGACGUCAGUGGAACGGUUCAAUCCCCUCUGAUAUUCAGGUUAAUCUGAUUAUGAAGAUUUCCUCUGAGGCGCUUCUUCGUCAAUGACGGCCAAGAUGGAGACUCCUUUCUACCACGACGACUCCCCCUCUGUCCCCGGCUUCAGCCAGAUCGCAGAAUACGAGCGCUACCCGGGAAACAAGAUGCUGAUGAGCAAGAAGGCCAUGUCGGGGACAGGUGGUCAUCACUUCUCCAGCGGGGGUGCAGCAGGAGGGAGGGGCGGGAACCCCAACAACAUGGUGCUCGGCGGCAACAGCUCCCUGAUGACAUCAGCUGCUCCCUCGGCGGACAUGAACCUGCUGAAGCUGGCAUCCCCUGACCUGGAGCACCUGAUCAUCCAAUCCAACCAGGGACUGGUCACCACCAGCCCCGUGUCCAACUCCACCAACCCCUUCAUCUACCGUAACCAGGCCACCAACGAGCAAGAAGGAUUUGCUGAUGGCUUUGUCAAAGCGCUCGCUGACCUUCACAAGCAGAACCAGCUGGUUGGGGGCCCCAUGUCCCCGUCCUCAUCCUCCAGUGUCUCUCUGCAGGCAUCCUACCAGAGGAACCUGAUGUCUGGCGGGGACAUGCCCGUGUACACCAACCUCAACAGCUACAACCCGGGCCAGAUGGCGUACUCUGGAGCGCAGAUGGCAUACGGUAGCAGCGCAGGACACAGUGGCAGCGGAGCCCCUCAACCCCACGCUCGAGGCCUGGACGCCCCUCAGACCGUCCCUGAGGUGCCUCACCUGCCGGGCGACCCCACAUCCCCGCCCUCCCUCUCCCCGAUCGACCUGGAGACGCAGGAGCGAAUCAAAGCAGAACGCAAGAAGCUCCGCAACCGCAUCGCCGCGUCCAAGUGCCGCAAGCGGAAGCUGGAGCGCAUCUCGAGGCUGGAGGAGAAGGUGAAGGUCCUGAAGAACCAGAACUCGGACCUGGCCUCCACCGCUGCCAUGCUGCGGGAGCAGGUCGCUCAGCUCAAACAGAAGGUCAUGAGUCACGUCACCAAUGGCUGCCAGAUUGCCGUCAGCUCUGCCACCAACAAGUCCGGGGGAGGGGGAGGCACCGCAGGCACCGGCAGCAAGGACUCCAGCUGCUGAGGAGGCAGAACAAUAAGACACAGAGGGUGUGAAAAUAAGCCGAGAGACAGAGGGUUUACUAUUAUGAUUUUUGGCAUUUUGCUCACUCUCUCGGUCAGAGCGAGGUGUCAGCGAAGCCUCAACGGGACAGGUGGAUGCUCAACGGGAUUAAUGUAGCCCCGUAAACCACUGUCAGUCAUCCAGCCAGAGGCGGCAGAGCAUAGAGGAAGCGGGGACAAAUCCCUGAUGUGAGAAAUUCAAAUUUGGAUGAUUUGAAUUUUGAUGAUGAAGAUGAAGGAUGAAGAGAUGGUGACUGAUAACUGACUGUUAAGAAGCAGGGAUGGACACUCGUGUGUGCACAGACAGAUUUUAUUUAGACAUUUAUUUAACAGGUGAAAUACAUUUACAGACAGAUUUCCAAGUUCCCAGUACAAAAGGUUUUCUACAGUUUAAACAGCUCAUGACAAUAUUCUUUAUUUUCAGAUGUCAUUACAGCUCAGUACAUAAACUGUAUUGGAAAUAGUGGAAAUGAUCAUCCACCACUGAGUUUUUCAUUUAAAGUAAAAACAUGUUUUGACAUGUUAAUGACAUGUUAAAAUGACAUUUUUACAUUGUGAAAGGUAUCUUUUUGAAAUAGAGUUAAGAAGAUUGCUCAUAAAAGGUAAUUGCAAUACUUCAGUGAAAUCUGAUAUAAUUUAUGUGGAAAACAGUGUCAAGUAAUCAGAAUACUUUUAAUAACAGUAUGAAUUUUCAGAGAGACAAAGUAUCUGAAAUUUUUCCAAAAUCCAGUGACCGCCUCACUUAAAAUGGCAGAUGUUGCAGUUUGUUUUGUAAUCUGAUUACUGCAAUCACUGUAAAUCUUUUUCUUUUCUUUUUUUUACAAUCCAGCUGUGUGUUAACACAGCAAAAAGGGAAACAUCUUCACUUUGAUGACUCUGUUCACUUUAUCUCUUCUUGGUAGCUGUGAUAGAUUUAUGUAAUCUGAUUACUGCAACCUCUUUACAUGUCUGCAACUAAAGCUCACCUGGGGUUGGCAAUAAUCCAGUGACUGUUUACAUUUUUUAAAACUGUGUUUGUGUGUUUUCUGUUUGUGGCUGCUGGAAGUUAAAAACCUUUAAAGCUAUGUGUUGAUGAGGAAACAGAGGCUGAAGUUUUAGCGUUCAGUUUUUCCGGUUGACAGGCUGUUUGUUUUAUUCAGCUGGUAGAAACUUUUCUUACUAUCUCUGGAUCCUUCAGAAUCAAGACUUUGAAAUGUUCAGUUUAAGAUCUGCCUGUCUGAAUAUGGUUUGGAAUAGUUUGGAAACUGACGUGUUCUGACGUAUUUGUUUCAGUCCAAAUUAAUGAGAGUUUUAUUCUCUCAGUUUUAAAAUCUAGUGAAUUUUUUUAACCGUUUAGCCGUAUCAGUCCUGAUGUGGCAAAAGAAUUUCACUUUCAACUGCACAUUUAAAAAAAAAUACUGUACUCAAGUCAAAGUAUAGUUAAAGUGUAUUUGACUGAUUGUUGACAUUUAUAUAUUCUACAGCAGCAGAUAUAUUGAACAUAGAAGAAAAAUGUCAGAUGAGGUUUUUCUUAUCUCCUUUAUUCUCAUUUUUAACA